AUGCCUCCUCGCACUCGGAGGGCUGCAGCCGCGAGCGCCGCCAUAGCCGCUAGCGUUGACGGGCUCGCCGACGGGUGCCCUGCCGUGCGAUCCAGUGCAGGCGUCCUAGCCGGUACCAGGGCCAAGCGUGGCAAGCCCUCACGCGGCGACGGCAGCAACACGGACAAUGACCCAGCAUCGCCCGACAGCCGGGAUGACAAGGAAGCCGCGCCCCCUGCCAAGGCCCCACGCCGUGCGGCCGCACCCCGCGCCGCCGCUGCCAGGGCCCGCAAGGCCCCAAAAGGCGCCAGGGGCAGCGACAGUGACUUUGACCCCUCAGCGGCCAGCAGCGAUGCUGACGAGGACGCCGCGCCCGCCGUGAAGGCGCCACGCCGGGCCGCCGCCGCCGCCGCCGCCGGGGCCCGCAAGGCCCUAAGCGGCGCCAACGGCAGCGCCAUCGACUUUGACCCCCCUGCGUCCGACAGCGACGCUGACGAGGACGCGGCGCCCCCCGCGAAAGCGCCGCGCCGCGCCCGUGCCGCCGCCCCCGCCGCCGCAAACGCCGGGAGGGGCCGCAAGGCGCCCCGCGGCCGCGCGGCCGCGGGCGCGGCGGCGGCCGCGGCGCCGCCGCUGUUCGACCUGCCCGAGGGUCCCCUGCAGCUGAUCUGCGACCAGGUCAUCGGGAAGCACGACGCGCUGCACGCCUUGGACAGCGACCUGUACGAGGAGUCGAUCGGGCUGGCGCUGUCGUGCGUCCGAGUUGCGCGCGGCGGCGCCUGCCGCCGUCUCCUCCUGGUCAGCCGCGCCUGGCAGCGCGCGGGGUUGGCCGAGACGUCGGUGGAGCCAGGGGCAGCGCUCGCACAGGCCAAUCGCAAGAGGGGCCAGAGGUCCAUCCUGCCAUACCUCAAGCGGGUCUCCAGCGUCGCCGGCGCCAGCGCCGGCGCCCGCGCCGGCGCCGGCAGCGGGGAUGAAGAGGGGGACGACGAGGAGGACGAGGAGGGGGCCGCGGCGCGCUGCGCAGCCAACGGCGCCAAGCUGCCCGGCGUGGGGCGCGGCGACGUGGAGGGCGCAAAGGGCGACCGCCUGCGCGCGUGGUGCAGGGAGCUAGGUUUCGCCGCGUCGGGGCGGGUUGGGGAGCUGCGGGAGCGGAUCAUUGAAGAGCUGUUUGGUGGGGAAAGCAGCGCCGGCGGGGAGGAGGAGCAGGAUGGGGAAGAGGAGGACGAGGAGGAGGAGGGGGACGCCGCUGGCACGCGGCAGGCAGUGAGACAGCCCAGGCCGGCGGGCGCGGGCGCCAUGCAGGGAAGCGUGGUGGCGGCGCCGCGGCCGUGGACGCGGUUCGAUCAAAAGGCUGUCGCCCAGAUCGCCAAGCGCCUCCGGAAAGAACGCGGCGGGCGCGGCCGCAAGGUGACCUACACUCUGGCCAAGACGGAGUGGCGGCUGAGCGACCGCGAGCUGGCGCUGCUGCCCCAUGAGGAGCGGGAGAACCCCCACCACCCCUUUGCGGCCCCAAUGAAGCUGUACCUGGUCUGGCAGGUUAUGCGGGCGGCACGCAAGCGCUUCCACGGCGACACCGAGUGGUUCCUUGACCGACGAAGGAACGCCCCGCAGGCCAAGAAGAGUGACAUGCGGGACUUCAGGCGCGCACAGCUGGACAGGGCGCUGCGCGAUUUCGGGGUCACGACGACAACCUCGGACCACCUCGCGUGCCCCGAGGUCGCGGCCUUCCUGGCGACCGGCAAGUGCAGCGGCCUCGCCCGCCAGCACGCCACCAACGCGGCGUGGGCGGCGGACAGCGCGGCAAGGGCCGCCGCGCGGCGCCGCGCGGCGGAGGACGUCGCGGCGGCGCUAGAGGCGGCCGGCCUGGAUGCGGCGCUCGCCCGCCAGGCGCAGGGGCGGCGGCCGCAGUGA